AGCGCGCGAAAAAAAGUGGGGUCACAACUCACAAGCGCGGCAUCUCUUUUGAACGAAAUUUCGCUUCUCUCUUUUCGUUAUUAUUUAGGGACAAGUAAUAUUGCUCAGUUACUAAUCUUCGUCUCCCUUUUCCUGGGCAUGCUGGGUAGCUUUUCAAGGUGCUUCUCAUCAGCAAAACCAAGAUUGAAACCCUAAUCACUCCAUCUGAUUUCAUUUGCUCGGACAACGAAUAACCAUAGAACACGCAGGGCCUCUAGGUUUCGUAUUUUUUGUUGAUUGCAGUUUGAGGGUUUCGUGGUGAUCUGAUCUAUGCUUUGCUCUUUUCCUGUUUCAAGGUCCCUAGUGAGAGGUUCUCUAACUGAUUAAGCGUUGGCAAAUUCUAGAAAUUUUGGAGCUUUAACAGCACGGCUGUUAUUGUGUCAUCACUUAAAUCAUCCUGCAAAGUUCUCUACCGGGACAAUCCGAAUGGAAACUUCUAAGAAUUGCAGUAGUAACUCGAGAGGUGCCUUGAUAGUUCUGGAAGGCUUGGACCGUAGUGGAAAGAGUUCUCAAUCCAGUAGAUUAGUAUCAUACUUGGAGAGCCAAGGCCAUGCGGUAGAGUUAUGGCGAUUUCCCGACAGAAACACAAGCGUUGGGCAAAUGAUAUCUUCUUAUCUGUCCAACAAAUCACAACUGGAUGAUCACACGAUCCAUCUACUCUUCAGUGCAAAUCGGUGGGAAAAGAGAUCUGUUAUGGAAGCUAAGCUGAAAGCUGGAGUCAAUCUCAUUGUUGAUCGUUACUCUUAUUCUGGGGUGGCUUUCUCAUCUGCCAAAGGACUUGAUGUCGAAUGGUGUAAGGCACCUGAGGUUGGGUUGCUGGCCCCAGAUCUGGUUGUGUACCUUGACAUACUGCCAGAGAAAGCUUCAGAAAGAGGAGGUUACGGUGGUGAAAGAUAUGAGCAGCUAGAGUUUCAGAAAAAAGUUGCGCACUGCUAUGAGGUCCUCCGUGAUCCCUCGUGGAAGAUCAUAGAUGCCUGCCAACCCAUGGAAGAAGUUGAGAAGCAAUUGCAGGAGAUUGUGUGGGAUCAGGUGGUGGCAUGCCAGAAAGGGAAACCGCUUUUCAACCUUUGGCGAAGUUGAUUUUUGUUUUUUUAUGAUUCCUACCGUUUUUAAGAGUUUUAUUUUUCCUGGGACAGUUUUAAGAGUGUUGUUAGUGUGAAUUUGUUUUAGGGGCUAUGGAAUUUGGUAAGGACAUUUGAUGUCUGCUUCAAUUUCUUCGUCUUUGAUAAUGUGUUUUAAGCCAUUUUGUACUUAAUAGUAUUGCAAUUUAUGACGGGAUUAAUAUUAGUGUUGUUGGAUGCCA